CCGCACGCGCCUCCUCCCCCCUCACCCUCCUAACCCUAGCCUAGAAUCUUCCAGAAGCGGCGGGAAUCGGGGGAGGGCGAGGCGCGCGCCGCGCUUCCAGAAGCUUCUCGAAGCUCGAGGGAGGGAGGGGGGCGCCAUGGGGACCUCGGAUCUGGACCGGCAGAUCGAGCAGCUCAAGCGGUGCGAGCCGCUGGCGGAGGCGGAGGUGAAGGCGCUCUGCCUCAAGGCCAUGGAGAUCCUCGUCGAGGAGAGCAACGUCCAGCGCGUCGACGCCCCCGUCACGAUAUGUGGAGACAUUCAUGGACAGUUCUACGACAUGAAAGAACUUUUCAAAGUUGGAGGUGACUGCCCAAAGACAAAUUACUUGUUCCUUGGGGAUUUUGUUGACAGAGGAUUUUAUUCCGUUGAAACAUUUUUGCUUCUUUUGGCAUUAAAGGUUAGGUAUCCAGAUCGUAUAACUUUAAUACGAGGAAAUCAUGAGAGCAGGCAGAUCACACAAGUUUAUGGCUUCUAUGAUGAGUGUCUUCGUAAAUAUGGAUCGGUGAAUGUCUGGAGAUAUUGCACAGAAAUAUUCGACUAUUUAAGUUUGUCUGCUCUUAUUGAGAACAAAAUCUUCAGUGUCCAUGGAGGUCUUUCCCCUGCUAUCACGACACUGGAUCAGAUAAGAGUAAUAGAUCGCAAGCAAGAAGUACCUCAUGAUGGUGCCAUGUGUGACCUCCUUUGGUCUGAUCCAGAGGACGCUGUAGAUGGUUGGGGAUUAAGUCCUCGAGGUGCAGGAUUCCUCUUUGGUGGGAAUGUUGUUAGUUCAUUUAACCACUCAAACAACAUAGAUUACAUUUGCCGUGCUCAUCAACUAGUCAUGGAAGGAUUCAAGUGGAUGUUCAAUAACAAGAUUGUUACCGUAUGGUCUGCUCCUAAUUAUUGCUACAGGUGUGGCAAUGUUGCUGCAAUCCUGGAGCUUGAUGAGAACCUGAAUAAGCAGUUUCGUGUAUUUGAAGCCGCUCCACAUGUUUGUGCUCAUGACAUGAAUCAAGAGGUGUUCCUGCGAAGCGGCCUGCGCCAGAUUACUUCCUUUGAGGCUGCACACGUGGCAUGUGACACGCUGCCUUUCCAUGCGCACCCGAGCACUGGCAGAUGGGUACUGCAGCAGACAAGCUCGUGCUUUCCAAGAGAGUAGCCAGGAGGUGCUUUCGGGAUGUAUAAAUUGAUUGUUCUGUCCCCAUCCAGGUCUAUUGUUUGUAACAAAGUCAGAUGUCGGUAUCCACUUCUUCCCAAAAUAGCUCCCAUUCGAGCUCUUGAGAAAUGCCUCUGAAGGGAGUGGCGUAGAUGAAAGCCACUCUGGGCACAUGAUGUAAAAUUUUGAUGCCUGUCCCUUCCUCCCAUGGAAGUCCAUUUGCUAGAAUGUAGAAUGGUAUGCUAAUGUGUGCCUUGAGUUGUCUUCC